GCAGGAUUUUAUUUUAUCAGUAAAUAAACUAGCAAAGCAAAAUGUUGAAACAAAUAAUCAAAGACAUGCACGUUGAUCCCGAGAUAUUGGCGGAAUUACCGGAAGAACAAAAACAAAUUUUAUUUUUCAAAAUCAGAGAGGAACAGAAACGGCGAUAUUAUGAAAGUGAAAAACAGUUUGAAAAGAAGAUGGCGAAGAAAUCGAAUCAAAGUGAAAAAUCUGCUAAAAUUCGUAUCUUGGAAGACAGCAAUGGCCAGCCUUGGACAUGGGUAAUGGGGGAACAUCCUAACGAUGUAACUGUUGAAGAAAUAUGGGCAAAUAUAGGAAAUAAAAACUGGGUUCCAUCAACACGUAAAGAAAACCAAGCACCUGUUUCGAAAGUACAAGCAAUCAUAUUCGCCAAGAACAAACACAGUCAAAAUUUUGCAACUUCGGAUAAAAAAGCUCCUGAAAUCCAUAAAAAUGAUAUUGACGGAAAAAGUAUUCAACCUGAGAAUACAAACAAUAAUAUUCCGAAACCAAUAAGACCGGUAAAACCGAAACGAACAAUACCCGACUCCGCUAAGGUACCUGCAAAGCCUCCAGUAUCAGCGGUAAAACCACAGCCAAUAACGCCACCACAAGCAACUUCAAGGCCAACGGCAAUACCUCGUGCAAAUCAGGCUCCGAAGCAAACAUCAUUUAGUUCUUCACCUCAACAACUCAAACCUACGACAUCUUCAAGUCCAUCAGCCCAUAGAACGUCUCCAACUGCCUCGCCUUCUUCUGCCAGAAAACCGACGCCAGGUCAGAAACCAGUGGUAUUGUCGAAGCCUAUGAAAAAAACUCCGGUUGCAAAAGAUUCUGAUUCAGACGAAGACGAUUAUGAAAACAUGGCUGAACUGGCGGAUACUUUACCAAAGCAAGAACUUGGUGACAAAGAAUGGGAGACGCAGUUGCAACGCUUCAAAGCUGCUGACAAACGAAGAUCCAUGAAUGCUCGACGUGCAAGUAUGCAAAUAAAACGGCUUUCUCAACAGAAUAUUGUACAAGAACGAAAACUAGAAGACGUAAAGAAACGAUUUGAAAGGCGAAGAAGUCAACGAGAAAUGAAACCUAAUUCACGACGGCCUGCUUUGCCUCCGAAGCCAACGGAUAUAAGGCCAAAACACCCAGCACCAAAGUCUGGUAGAGCUCGUCGACCGACUAAUCGCUCAGAAGUGGAAGAAUGGUUUAAAGAAACGCAAACUGCAGAAAUACUGGCUUCUGUUGACGAUAAUAAUGCGAUGCCAACGUGGUUCCAUGGAAUGAUACCAAGAGUGAAAGCAGAGGCGCUAUUAGCAAACAAAAAUCAGGGAGAUUUCUUGAUCCGAAUAAGUGAAAAAAUCUGGGGUUAUGCUCUAAGUUAUAAAGAUGAAUGCAAAGUGAAACACUUUCUCAUCGAUGCUUCUGAACCGAAUUGUUAUCAUUUCUUUGGUAACGAUCAAAUUCGACAUCCUGGAUUGGAACAACUAAUAGCAUUUCACCAGGACGAACCUAUUUCAUACGGAGGAGAAAUAUUAAAGAACGAAAUCGGUCAAGCCGACCCAUCACAUCCAGAUUAUAUCGAUUUAAUACGAGGACCAUCACCAGAUGUUCACGUGAACAAAGCUACCAACGACACCGCUCUCUAGCAAUUCCGUGGUCACAUCUUGGUAAAAAUAAAUUCAAAUCAUAGACAGCGAACUUUAUUGUGGCGACUAUACGCAGAGCUGCAUUAAGACUGAAACUGAUAGAACCUCUCAGGCCGUGACAACUAUUCAAAGAGACUUUCUGGGCAGUGGUUCUCAAAUUUAGGAAUGAAAAAAGUAAAAACCUGCUAGCGAAAAAUACAUUCUUUAGCCAUUGAAAAUUUUAAGGCAAUUGGUCCAGUAGUUAAAGAAAAAGGCGAUUUUUUCAUAAAAACAGGAAGAAAAAUACAAACAAGAAAAACAACAACAAUAUAAUAACAAAACGAUUCAAACGUCCACUUCGCGUACAAUAAUAAAAGCAUUACGGUCAAAGAAUUAAGCAGAAUACAAUCAAUUUACUUUAAAUCAAUGUAGUCAUUACAAAUGGUACCUGGCGAAGACUUUUGCUUGAUCGGUGCGAGCCUAGAAUGUUCCCUAGCUAUUUUAGGAGGGGGGGUAGGGAAAUCACUGGGCCCGGCCUAUGCACGAUAUACUAAAUCAACAUGUACACUACCUGAAAGCCAUAAUUCUUUGUUGCCACAUUUGGGAGUUAUGAUAACCAUUGCACGCUGAAUGUUUAACACACUUUAUAAAAUGAUAUAAAAACAAAAA